GAUGAGGAAGUCUAACAGAGACCAGGAAGCGUUUGUUUUCCAGACGGCUGGAAGUGUUUUUGUCUCACAGACCAUGGCUGAAAAGAUCCAGCAGCUGGAGGCGAUAGUCAUCCGCAGCUUCCGAAGGUUCAGAGACCGAUACUUUUCAGAUCGAGUUCAUAAAACGGAUCUGAUUCCAGAUGUUGAUGCAGAACGAGACGAACCGCAGCUGGAGUAUUUGGACAGUUUACCGGUGGAUUUACAAUUCCUGAUCAUGACCUUCUUGUCUCCUGUGGAUAUCUGUAAACUGGGAGCCACCAGUCAGUACUGGAGGGCCAUGGUGAGAGAUCCACUGUUGUGGAGAUACUUUCUGUUGCGUGACAUGCUGCAGUGGUCCUCCAUUGAUCAUCUGAGCAUGCCUGACCUGGAGCUGCUGGAUGCCCCACUGGUCAGUGAAGAUGAGAGCUUGGAUGACAGAGAGGAAGGGACUGAGAAAGAUCGAGAGUUUAAAUUUGACUACAUGUCAGAGUACCUGAAAGGCUGCCCGUCCUGCAGACAGAAGUGGUUGCCAUCGCGACCAGCAUACAAGCUUGUGACCUCUUUCCUUCAUUAUCUGGUGCCUUCUUCUGAGCCUCGUUACGCCAUGUUUGGUCCUGGUAUGGAGCAGCUGGACGUCCCGUUGGUAACGAGGCUCAUGCACGCCCCAGACCUGCUGCCUGUGUCCAGCACGCCACACAGACAGAUAAAUGGCAUUGGCUCAGGGAUCAGCUUCCUGUUCAACAAUCAACACAAAUUUAACAUCCUAACUCUAUACUCAACCAACAGGGCAGAGAGAGAAAGAGCCCGACUGGAGCAGCAGAGCAGCAGUAAUAAGCUCUUCAGCUUUGUAGGAAGCGAUAACUCGGGCUGCCCCGUGUACAGCCCGGCUCCUCAGGUCCAGCAGGUGUGCCAAGUGGUGGAUGGUUUCAUUUAUGUCACUAAUGCGGAGCCCGGCAAAGCAGGUGACGAGAAGACCGAGAUGGCCCAGAUUAAAGCCAUGCUGAACUGUGCUGAAAACACCUCAUCCAAGUCUCUGCUGGUGCUCUCCUGUGUCUCCAGAGAACAGGAAGAAGAAACGAGUACAGCCAGAAGUCGAACUCCGUGUGUUUACAUGGCUCAGAGACUCGGUCUUUCCCAGCUGUCUAAUCGUUGGAUGGUGCAGGAUACGGUGGCAGAAUCUCUGUCGGGCUUUAUGGAGGGGAUUGCCUGGCUGCUGAGAUGUUCUGGUGUCAAACUUUAUGGAAGAUAGUUCCCAAACUCCUGGCAUCACGACAAACAUCCCUGCCGUACUUUGUGUUUACUGCAGUCAGAUGUCAGACCCGAUGUGUUUACAGGUUUAAAAGCAAUGGCACAAAAAAUGCUGAAAGAUGCUUAACUGUACAAAGUUUUCCACGUUAUAAUCAAGAGAGUUGAAUAUUUUUUCAAACUUUUUUUUGUAAUUCCUUCCAAAAUACACAACCUCCAUAAAUAUUAGAUAAGUUGCGUUAACAUAGCCAAAGUUAUUCACAAAAAUCCACAUGUCGGCACAAAAAAAUGCUUUCAUGCAAUGUAAGGGUUCAAUUUUGUUGCUUCCUUUCAGGAUUCUUGUUCUAACCUGAAAAAUGAGUGCACAUCCAAAAAGUGCAUGCACAAGGAAUUUACCUGUUUUUUAACGGCCUUAUCCCUGAGAUUAGUUAUUUAUCCCGUUACCUCGAGAUCCUCCUGGACGCCAGGAUACUGAGAUAAAAAUCAUAAGUAGAUGCAGCCAUGCUUGGCUUCUAGGACACAUAUACUGCAACCUCUGUCGUUAAAAACACUUGUGCUUUUUGUUGUUUUGUCUGCAAACGUCCUUUUAUUUUCUUAUAUGUUUAAUAAUAAUGAGGUGAAGGUUGUGGGAUUAUAAACAGUAUUAAAAAAAAACAAGACAAAUGCACUCAGAGAAAGGCGAUCAUCUGUACUCAUCAUACUGCCUCAAAAUAACAAAACAUGUCUUAUUUAUAUCUGCUGGUUUUCCAAAAUAACAUGAAAUUCCAGCGCAACUGCAGCACCUAAAUUGUCACGCUGCUUCCUUAGUCUGCUUAAAUGUGAUGUUUUUUCUCUUAAAAAUGUCCAUUUGUGUCAUUUCAUCCUUCAACUGUGGUGUUCAGGCAAGGUAAUGGCAACAAUUGGAUCAUUUGGACAUCAUGUGAGGUAUGACAAGAUAAUAUGAUCUCUGACGCUCUUUUUGUCUAGUCACCUUGGAAACCACAAAUUGCCGGCAAAUGUUCGUCCUGACUGAGCCCCCCCCCCCCACCCCC